GAGCUGUGCUGGGGCCCCUGGGAGUUCCUAUCCGGUCUGCAGUGGUUCGAGGACCCCCUGCAGGGCCCGGCGGCAGGUGAUCCGCUCAGGGUCGACUUCAGGUCACCGGCUCACGUGCUCUGUGGCGCCCCCGAGUACCGGUUCACCGCCGAGAGGGCUAAAGACGCUGCCUCGAGCACGGCAGAGAAGUCGUUUCCGCCCAUGCGGGACAGUUGGAGAAGAAGAGAGUCGCCAAGCAAAUCGGGGCACAUGGCCAACUUCGUCAGGCCCGAGAGGAAUGCCUGCUGGAGACGGUGUGUUCCGGGCGACUGGACCGCUGCCGUCUCUGAACCCACCUCUGACGGCUCGGCGGUAUCGCUUGCCCACCUGGGCUUACCAAGCCGCCAAGAGCUGAGGCUCACAGUCACCUGCAGUCGAGCAGCCGCCGUCCCGGGACGGGCUAGGAAAGAGGAUGAGGCACCCUUCAGGAAGAAGAUCGAUGCGCAGAAUAAGACCCUCCCAGUAGACGUGUUGGACAGGAAUAAUCACCCGCCCGAAAUGAACCAGAAGGACUCCGUCUUCGAUAUCUACCUGUGCGAAACUCACAACUUGUUCAAGGACGAGCACGUCUCCAACAAGAGGGGCCGCCCGCGAAUAUCCAUAGUCGACAUGGACGAACACCACGCCAGUCACUACAAGGUCCACAUCGAGGGCGACACAGCCGGAAUCCUGGCGCUCGACAGUGCCACUCCGGGCAUAUUCGACCUGCCGCCCGGCUCCUAUCCGGAUAUACAGAGGACGGCCUCGAUGCUGUUUGCUAAUCUGAAAUACAGGCGGAACGCCAGUCCAUAUAAGGAGUUCGGUCCCGGCUACAACUACUCUGUCCAAGUCGUGUUUGAGGAUAAAUUUCUACACCACUCCUAUGGCGACAAAGAGCUGCGUAUGACGGUGAACCUGCUAACCUCCUGCCGACCUCCGCCGCCGACCUCACCACCUCCUGAGGUCGUCACCGUCCCCGCCGGCACCAUCUUCUCCGCCGCCGUCCGACGCGACUCUGCCCGGUUCGCGCGCGUUUUCCAGCUCCCGCGCGAACUGCUGGCGGGACCGCUACAUUUGGCGCCAACACCCGAUCGCGCCCAUCGAGCUUUCAAUGUCACAGAAAGAGAGGGAAUCGUGUAUGUCCUGAAGCCAAGUCGGUUACGGGAGUUAUCCGGUGUGGUGAAUCUAACACUCCUCUCACGGGAGGGUGACAAAAGUGACGCGCCCGUGACGGUGAACGUGACGGUUAGUGUGAACGUGACUGCCGUCACGGGAGAGAGUGACGGAGAGGCAGAGUGCGAACAGAAGAAGAACGCCGACCACUGUGCCGUGGAGAGUACCGAGAAGGAGUGUGAGCAGCGCUGUGGUGCCGGAGCACAGGGACGCUGCGCCUGGAGAUCGCCGCCCGAGGGAAAGGAGAUGACCAACGAAUAUGGCACGUGCAGUCCCGACUUCCGCACAUGUCCCGACCAGCGCUGUGACGAGCUGGAGUCACUGUGGCCGCAGAUCUGCCCCCAGGACUGCGUCGCUAGAGAUGACCGUCGGAACGGCAGUCCGCUGCUGACAUACGGCACCCACCGCGGCGUGGCACGUGGCCGCGGCGUGUGCCACUGCGAGCAGUUCACGAGCUGCACGUGCGCCACGGGGGAGCACGUGCCACGUCCGUCUGACAGGAAUAUGACGGAGAGGCAGCGGGCCAGGGCGACGGUGGCCACACCGCGUAGUGAACUGGCGGCGUCUCCGGAGAAGCGGGUGUGCGGCACGGCCUGUAUCACCGGCUCCUCCCUCGGCGCCGUCCUCCUGCUGGCCAUGAUGCUACUCGUCUGCCUCAUCUACGACUCCAGGUGCGGCCGGUCGAGCAAGCUGCGUAAGGACCCGUUCAGUGGCGAGGUGAUCUCCCUAUCGCACAUAACCGGAGACAUGGAUUUGGGAGGUCGCCAACAGAUGGCUCUGCCUCCGGACGCCCAGUGCGCCAUCUCGGCCCAGCUGCUGGAAACUGUACCG